GCGUUUUGGUUUUUCCCAUCUAUGCCCACCCGCUCGGCAACAGGCCGCCCCUGCCUCCUGCUUCCGCUCGCAUUGUAGGGUAGUUGAGAGGAACGAUCCUGAAGAGCGAAAAUGGGAGUAGAAAUUGAGACCAUAACUCCGGGCGACGGACAGACAUUCCCGAAGAAGGGGCAGCGCGUCGUGGUGCACUAUGUCGGCACACUGGCAGAUGGAAAAGUGUUUGACUCUUCGAGGUCCCGGGGGAAGCCGUUCAAAUUCAAGAUUGGACACCAGGAGGUUAUUCGUGGUUGGGAAGAAGGAGUAGCCCAGAUGAGUGUAGGUCAGCGGGCAAAGCUGAUUUGCUCACCAGACUUUGCCUAUGGCAGCAAAGGGCACCCAGGAAUCAUCCCACCAAACGCCACUCUCACCUUCGAUGUGGAGCUGAUCAGUCUGGAAGCCUGAAACUUGUGCACUCACUUUGUUUGUAAUUCCACUCAAAAUUUCAGGGUUGACUCCUAUCUCGGGAACAUGGAGAAGAAAUGUUAACAGAUGAUUCCUGCUCUUGAUCCCUGCAUAGGACCCAUGUCUAUAGCCUCACUAGUUCACUCUCCUUUCCAUUUCAAUACAAAUUGUGUUAUGUCACUUGCUUUAGAAAGUUAUCCUCCAUAUUAUACUUUAGAUUUCAUGCAGUAAUAAGUCAUAGGCCAUCCCAUCAUCUAUUUUGUCAUAUUCUGCUAUGUAUUUUUAUGGUGAUGUUUUGUUUUUUUAUUUGACUUAAAAUUGACAAACUAUAUCUGUCAUCAGGACCAGGUUUUAGAUAGGUGUCAUGAGUAUUUAAUCAAUCUCAUUCCUGUGGCUCCGUGGCCUUUACACUAAAAAUUGUAUUGAUUGCAGGUAAUAAUUGUUGAAUAAAUUGUUGUUUGACAAAUGA